AUGUCAUCGGCACCGUCUCCGGGUGCUACUCCGUCAUCUCCGCCGCCGUUUACCGCCAUCCCUCCUUCAUUUCCCCUGACGCCUCCUCCUCCGCCGACGGCCAUUCCUCCAUCAGCUCCCUUGACGCCUCCUCCGCCGCCGACGGCCCUUCCUCCUUCACCUUCCGUGACGCCUCCUCCUCCACCACCGCCUAUGGCCAUUCCUCCUUCACCUGCCUUGACGCCCUCUCCUCCUCCACCGACGGUUAUCCCUCCUCCACCUCCCGUGACGCCUUCUCCUCCGCCGCCGUCUACAGCUGUUCCUCCUUCAGCUCCUGUGACCCCUCCUCCUCCACCAACGGUCAUCCCUCCUUCACCUCCCUUGACACCUUCUCCUCCACCGCCUUCCACUAAUUUAACGUCUCCGCCUCCGCCUUCUCCAUUGACUCCUUCUCCUCCAGCGCCGUCCACUGAUUUGACGUCUCCGCCUCCACCUCUGUCUUCUCCCUUGACUCCUUCUCCUCCACCGCCGUCUCCCGCCACUCCUUUAACUCCCUUGACGCCGCCUCCUCCACCGCCGUCUCCCGCCACUCCUUCAACACCACCGCGAUCUUCACCAUCUCGGCCGCCUCCCUCCACACCACCUCCGCCUCCGCCGGCAACUCGGAGCCCUCCACCUCCUCCUCCCAGUCCCUCAGGCGGGGGAUCUCCUAGAACUCCAUCUAUCACACCAGGCUUUUCUCCUUCGCCGCCGCCUUCUUCCUCCGGUGGACUAUCAACGGGAGUGGUGGUCGGGAUCGCAUUAGGAGGAGUCAUUGUCCUUGUGGUAUUGACUUUAAUUUGUUUCUUGUGUAAGAAGAAACGACGAAGAGACGAUGAUGAAGCACGUCCUGCUCCCAAUGCUAGAGGCCCUUACGGUGGACAGCAUCAACAAAAUGCAUCGCAGCAACCGUUAGAUCACGUGGUGACGUCACUUCCACCCCCUGCGCCACCACGUCAGGCGGCUUUCAUGAGCAACAGCAGCAGCAGCGGCGGCUACGACUCAAACUACUCAGAUCAGUUGGUUCUGCCUCAACCAUCUCCAGGGCUUGCAUUAGGCAUAUAUCAAGGAACUUUCACAUACGAGGAGCUAUCUAGAGCCACCAAUGGAUUCUCUGAGUCCAAUUGGUUAGGACAAGGCGGGUUUGGUUAUGUGUACAGAGGUAUAUUGCGUAAUGGAAAAGAAAUCGCUGUGAAAAAGUUGAAAGCAGGGAGUGCUCAGGGAGAGCGAGAGUUUCAGGCAGAGGUAGGGAUCAUUAGCCGAGUUCACCACAGACAUUUGGUUGCUCUUGUCGGUUAUUGCAUCGCCGAUGCUCAAAGAUUGCUUGUCUAUGAGUUUGUUCCAAACAACAAUCUCGAGUUUCACCUCCAUGGGAAAGGACGGCCUCCGAUGGAAUGGAGCUCGAGAUUGAAGAUUGCUCUUGGAUCUGCCAAAGGAUUGUCUUAUCUUCAUGAAAAUUGCAAUCCUAAAAUCAUUCACCGUGAUAUCAAGGCGGCAAACAUAUUGAUUGAUUUCAAGUUUGAAGCAAAGGUUGCUGAUUUUGGUCUUGCCAAGAUUGCUUUGGAUACAAACACUCAUGUAUCGACACGCGUGAUGGGAACCUUUGGGUACUUGGCUCCGGAAUAUGCUGCAACCGGAAAACUCACAGAGAAGUCGGACGUUUUCUCAUUUGGAGUUGUACUUUUGGAGCUAAUAACCGGACGUCGCCCUUUUGAUGCAAACAAUGCCUAUGCAGAUAACAGCUUGGUUGAUUGGGCACGACCAUUGCUUAUGCAAGCACUUGAGGAAAGCAACUUUGAAGGUUUGGUUGAUACAAAGCUGAACAAUGAGUAUGAUAGAGAAGAGAUGGCUCGCAUGGUUGCUUGUGCUGCUGCUUGUGUUCGCCAUACAGCUCGCCGUAGACCUCGCAUGGACCAGGUUGCGCGUGUGCUAGAAGGAAACAUAUCGCCAUCAGAUCUUAACCAAGGGAUCAGACCAGGUGAUAGCAAUGUGUACAGCUCGUAUGGAGGAAGCACUGAUUAUGAUUCGAGCCAAGACAAUGAUGGCAUGAACAAGUUUAGGAAAAUGUCGACACUUGGGACACAAGAAGAGUUUGGUGCGAGCAGCGAGUACAGUAAUGCAACCAGUGAGUAUGAUUUGUACUCGACUGGUUGGAGCACUGAGGGUCAGAGUCGUCAGACCACACGGGAAAUGGAGACUGGCAAUGUUAAAAGAACCGGUCAGGGUCAUGGUGGACACUUAGACCAUGAUUAUCAAAGAAAUUGA